AUGAGAAUCCUAACAAACAACGGCCUAUCCAUCAAAAAUCAAGAAGUUCAUGACCUUCUAGGGCAAUAUAGUGCAAGACUUGGGACAUCAACACCAUAUUACCCACAAGGCAAUGGACAAGUAGAAGCCACAAACAAGACCUUAGUAAGGAUGUUGAGUAAAACAGUGGCUGAUAAUCAAAAGGAUUGGAUAGAAAAGCUGUCAAAAACCCUCUGGGCCUAUCACAUCACUAUUAAGAAGAGCACACAGGUGAUGCCCUAUUCAUUGGUCUACGGCCAGGAAGCGGUACUACCAGCAAAAAUAUGGGCUAUAUCCGCUCGACUAGCCUUUGCGAUGGGUAAGAAGGUUAAACCAAAAGACAUGGACCGCUUACUCACAGAUAAGCUUAAAGCUAUAGACGAAAUCAGAGACAUGACCAUGCGAAAGUAG